AUGGAUUUACUUGUGGAUGGGAACCACACUGCAAUAACAGAAUUCAUUUUAUUGGGUUUAACAGAUGACCCAAUCCUUCGAGUGGUUCUCUUCAUAAUCAUCCUGUGCAUCUACCUGGUGACCUUAUCUGGUAAUCUCAGCACGAUCGUUCUUAUCAGACUCUCCCCUGAACUCCACCAUCCCAUGUACUUUUUUCUUAGCAACUUGGCUUUUGCUGACAUAGGCUUUUCAUUUUCUGUCACACCCAAUAUGCUUGCAAACUUCCUGGAGGAGAAAAAUACAAUCUCCUAUGUGGCAUGUGGCAUCCAGCUUGGUUCAACUUGUUUCUUUGGGACAGCUGAGUGCUUCCUUCUGGCUGCCAUGGCAUAUGAUCGCUUUGUGGCCAUCCGCAGUCCACUGCUUUAUUCAACCAAAAUGUCCACACAAGUCUGUGUCCAGUUACUUGUAGUGACUUACACAGGUGGUUUUAUUAAUGCUUCCUUCUUUACCCUUUCAUUUUUUUCCUUAUUGUUUUGUGGACUAAAUGCAGUAAAUCACUUUUUCUGUGACUUUGCUCCCUUAGUUGAGCUCUCCUGCUCUGAUGUCAGCGUCCCUGCAGUUGUUCCCUCAUUUUCUGCUGGCUCCAUCAUCGUGGUCACAGUGUUUGUCAUAGCUGUUUCCUACAUCUACAUCCUGAUCACCAUCCUGAAGAUGCGCUCCACUGAGGGGCGCCACAAAGCCUUCUCCACCUGCACCUCCCACCUCACUGCAGUCACUCUGUACUUUGGGACCAUUUUCUUCAUUUAUGUGAUGCCCAAGUCCAGCUACUCCACCGACCAAAACAAAGUGGUGUCUGUGUUCUACACGGUGGUCAUUCCCAUGCUCAACCCCCUCAUCUACAGUCUCAGGAACAAGGAGAUUAAGAGAGUUCUGAAAAGAAAGCUUGGUAGGAAAACAUUUUUUUAG